AAGAACUCCAUCCUACUGCUUUUGCUCUAUAUAAGAAAGCAUACAUAAGUAAGGACUUACAAAUAUCUAAUCAAGAAUUAGUUAUUAGUACUAAUUAUUUUCCUUCUUACAAAAAGACUACAUUUUUUUUUCUUUUUUUUUUUUUUUGAUAAUCUUAAGGCCAUCGAUAGUUCAUGGUCAUGGCUGUUGCUACCUCAAUGUUCAUUAUUAUUGUUCCAUUUUUAUUGCUUGGCCUACACUCCACAGAGGCACAAAUUGGAGUAUGUUAUGGAACGAAAGGAGACAACCUACCAAGCGCAGAAGAUGUAGUAAGCCUCUAUGAAAACAACGGCAUAAGCGCAAUGAGACUAUAUGAGCCUAAUGAGCCGAUACUCAAAGCCCUACAAGGUACGGACAUCAAACUCAUGUUGGGUGUCCCUAAUGAAGACAUUCAAUGUAUAGCGACCGAUCAACCAACAGCUGACGAUUGGGUCCAAACCUACGUCGUCCCCUACGCUACUACAAUCAAAUACAUUGCAGUCGGUAAUGAAAUCCAUCCAUCUGAUCCGGAAGCCUCAUGUGUAGAACCAGCUAUGCAAAAUAUACUAAGCGCGUUAAAUUCAAACGACUUGGGAGGCCAAAUUAAAGUUUCCACGGCAAUUGAUAUGAGCUUAAUCAAAAACUCGUUUCCACCAUCUGAAGCCAAAUUUAAAAACUUAACAUAUAUUACACCGAUAUUAGACUGUCUAACAAAUAAUGAAACGCCUUUGUUGGUAAAUAUUCAAACCUACAUUGCCUAUAUAAACAAUCCGAAUAAUAUUACACUUGACUACGCGUUAUUUAAGUCACAAGGGGCUAUGGUUUUUAAUGAUAAAGGGAAGCAAUACAAUAAUUUAUACGACGCAAUGUAUGAUGCAGUGUACGUAGCUAUAGGGAAAGUCGUUACACCACGUCAAAAGGGCAACAAUUCAAUAUUUGAUGGCAUUAAGGUAAAUAAGAAGAAACCGUUGCCACCGGCGGAUUCAGAAAGUGGGUGGUCAUCUUCUGACGGUAACGUUGGCUUUGCUGCCAUGUUGCAAACUAAAGGUGGGGGAAAGAACGGACAACCCGGUAAGAUGCAGCCGAGGGGGCCUAAGCAAGGGUUGCCGCCGCCACCCUCGAAGGGAGGAAAUGUAGCCACACCGGAAAAUGCAAAGACUUUCUACACGAAUUUGAUCAAACAUAUUAAGGAGGGCAAAGGAACACCUUUGAAUCCAGGGCUAAAAAUUGAGACAUACUUAUUUGCAAUGUUUGAUGAAGAUCAGAAACCCGGGAAUGAAACCGAGCGUCAUUAUGGUCUUUUUAAUCCUGAUGAUGAACAACCUAAGUAUGGCCAACUCGACUUUUAAUUUGUUUAAAUUUACAAACUUAUGUAUUAUAUUGUUAUUCACUUUAUCAAAUAUUAUGAUAUAUAAUAAUAAGUUGUGUAUUGACAAGCGUAAAUUUCUAAGUUUUA